AUGGAAAAAAAGCAAUUUUAUCAUGUAAAUGAAAUGACUGCUACAACAACAUAUGUUAGUGAAGUUAAUUUGUAAUAUAAAUCUUGGGUUAUUAUAAUACUUUAUGAUAUGAUGUUUGCAGUUGAUAUUUUCUUUUGGGUUGGUGGUUUCUUUUUAGGUUAUGUUAUGUGUGAAGAAAGAAAAGCAUAAUCUGUACAUAGAUUAAUGAGAAUAUGGCCUUGUUAUUUAUUAUGUAUUGCUAUUAAUUCAUACAUUAUUCCUUAUAUUGGAACUGGACCAAGAUGGUUUUUAUAAGAAAGAGCAACCUAAUGUCCUGGAGGUGCUUGGAAAAAGGCUUUAUUUAUAGAUAAUUUCUAUGAAGAUUGGCUUCUCUGUUUUGGUUGGGGUUGA